CUUCUCUCCAUCGCUACAAUCUUCACCCCCUUCGCUCGCAAGCAGCCUAUAUACGGAGCAGCAGGUCUGCCGAGGAGCCAUCAUGGCGGCCUUUGUACGAGAUCGAGACCUGGAGCAUCUCGACCAGACCACAGACCCCACCGCCGCCGAGGGUCCAGCUGCUGCUGCCGCUGCCUCUUCAUCGUCAUCUUCCCGCCUCGCUCCAGUCCCUCCUGCGAAUACUGGUCGAGGUCACUCAUCUUCAGUCUCUCCGCAGAAGAAGCAGAGCAGAUACGUAGAUGCGACCAAUGUAAAGGCCAACGAGUCUCUCCUGAAGCGCAUGGGCGGGCCCUCGGCGGCCAAGGCGGGACUGACAAAGGAUCAGGACGAGAUCAAUCGCAUCAUCUACGAGGCGUCCAAGGGCAGCAAGUAUUUUGAGAACGAGAGGAAGAGUGACGAGAGAAUCACAAAAAAGGUUGAGGCCAUGCUGGAGAAGAUGCAUGAGAGGUUACAGGCGGUGCCAGAAGGAAGUCCAGAGUGGACUUCGAUUGAGAAAAAGGCAGAAGCUAUGAGGAAUAGGGUAGAGACGCAGCGCGUUCUGAGCCAGUACAUCGUACACGUUGACUGCGACAUGUUCUAUGCGGCUGUAGAGCUCAAGAGAGACCCUUCGCUCAAGGGCAAAGCCUUUGGGGUCGGGAAAGGCGUCCUCGUUACAGCCAGCUACGAGGCCAGGAGAUUCGGGGUCAGGUCGGGCAUGGCAUCCUACAUAGCCAUGAAGCUCUGUCCGCAUCUCAUUACAGUCCCCAAUGACAUGCAGAGCUAUGUCGCUGCUUCAAGGCAAAUCAUGGACAUCUUACACCGCUUCGACGAGAACCUCGCUCAGGCCUCGCUGGACGAGGCUUACCUCGACGUUACCGCAUUUUGCCGUCUCAACAAGAUGGACGUCAGUGACGCUGUAGCGCAGCUACGUCAGGAAGUCAGAGACGAGACUGGUCUCACAGUCUCUGUUGGCGUGGCUCCAAACAAGAUGCUUGCCAAGAUCGGCUCGGACAAGAACAAGCCCGACGGACAGUACAUUCUUGACUUCACCAGAGAGGCUAGCAUCGAGUUCAUGGAUCAGCUGCCCGUUAGAAAGGUGCCUGGAAUUGGUCGAGUCACAGAGAGGAUGCUGCAGUCUUUGGGCGUCGAGACAUGCGGCGACGUCUGGAGGUUGCGAGUGAAGAUUGCUCUCGUGUUGGGAGAUGAGCACCUGCAGUGGCUGCUACGCUACUACCUUGGCAUCGCCUCAUCCGUCGUCGAGCCUGGCAAGCGAGAAGAGCGCAAGUCCGUCGGCCGCGAGCAUACCUUCCAGCCCACAAGCGACCCGGAGAAGCUCUUUGAGCUCCUUCGCGAAUCAGCCGAGACGGUCGAGGACGAUCUGAAACGCCUGGACUUCGUAGGCCGCAAAGUGACGCUCAUUUGCAAGUAUGACAACUUCCAGCGUUUCACUCGCGAUCAGACACAAACCAAGUACGUCUCUACGGCAGACGACAUCUAUCGAGUGGUGCGUAGUCUCCUCGAAUACGAGCUCAAGGUACAACCAGGACUCUCUCUACGCUUGAUUGGAGCACGAGUCGGAACGCUCAUGGACGUACGGAAGCCGGCCGAUGGAGGACCUCUAAAGCGCUUCUUCGACAAGGGAGCAAGCGGAGAGGGUUCUGGCCCUGUUUCGCCGAAGAAGAGGCGGAUCAGGAGAGAUGCUGGCCAUCCUGACUCUGUGACUGCCAGAGAUGGCAUGUCUGGCGCCGAAGCAGACAUGGACCUUGAAGGUGAUGCCGAGGACGAGGAGAGCCGACAGAUUCGCCUGGCCAUUGCCGCUUCGCUAGAGGACAUGGAGCAGUCCCGCCUUGACGAUGAUCGCAAUGACGACGAGCAAGGGUCAGCCCGUCCUUCGGUUGACGAGCAAGAGUGGGAGCUCCCCCCACCUGCUGAACGCUCCGCCGCAACAUUCGCCAAUGCUCUCCACCGCUCCAGCGCCGAAGUAGUCCGGCCAGCCCACAAGGCGCGACUGAAAGGGGACGACGGAGAGAUUCGCGAAGCCAUGCGCACCCACGAGGAGACGGCGGCGGCGGCGGCAGCAGCGGACAAGAAGGCACGAGAGCCACCGAGAGCGUCGUGGUUCGUCAAGAGACGGUCGCCUGCUGGCGGUUCGGCUAGUCCUGCUCCCGGAGAAGGGGAAGCGGGAGGAGUGGGCGAAAGCAAUACUGCAAUCAAUGGGAGCGGGAGCAGCAGUACAGGCGCGACUGAGCCUCUUGUCUGCCCGAUCUGUUCGCAACCUGUAGAAGUGCGCUUUGGGUCUACCUUGGCGGGGAGGAAUGCCCAGCUAAACAAGCACAUCGACGCCUGUCUGCAGGGCGCUACCACAACCACAGACCUCGACUCUGCGAGCAGCAGCAAUCACAGCAACAAUAAGAGCAAAAGCAAGAGCAAGACCAAUUCCGAUACCAGCGCGAGCGCAAGCAAACCUGCGCGUCAGCAACAUUCCAAUACCUCGAAGGGCAAGGCGGCGGGAGACAAGAAGGAUGGUAAUAGUGGUGGGCCAAAGGGGAAGAACAAGUCGGCCCUAGAGCGCUUCCUUGGGCGAUGAGCCAGCGAGCCGAGUCGAGCCGAGGGCAAGGCGAACACCAUGGUCGCGGACGGCUCUAUUGUAGCGUUCUGUAUUUUAGUCUUCGUACCUACCAUCUGUAUACUAGCUGCAAUCAACCAGAUCUCUGCGAC